CGUCUGCCCGGGACCAGGGAAACGCUCGAGCGAAGCGAGAAGCAACAGAGACUUGGACUCUAUACACAGAUACGACACCCCGACACCGCAGCAGCCCACAGCGACGUGCACACACUUUAUUCCAGCAGCAGCAGCAGCAGAAGCAUUAAGCAAAGAGGAACGGGAAAAGUUUGGAGCAAUGCAGUGGGUGUACCAGCACCUCAUCAGCCUGCUGUUCGUCUUCAGCAGCCUGCACGUUGACCGGCUGACGGAGGGCUGCUCCUGCGCGCCGUCGCACCCGCAAGACGCCUUCUGCAACUCCGAGAUAGUGAUUCGUGCUAAAGUGGUGGGAAAGAAGCUCCUGAGAGACGGACCUUUCGGAACGAUGCGCUACACAGUCAAGCAGAUGAAGAUGUACAAGGGAUUUGACAAAGUCCAGCAUGUGCAGCACAUUUACACAAGCGCCUCUGAGAGCUCGUGCGGUGUGAAGUUUGAAAUCAACAAGUACCAAUACCUGAUCACAGGUCGCGUGUACAAUGACAAGGUCUACACUGGGCUGUGUAACUUCAACGAGCAGUGGGACCGCCUCUCAUUGGCCCAGAAGAAAGGCAUCAACCAUCGCUAUCAGCUGGGCUGCAACUGCAGGAUUAAGCCCUGCCGCUACCUGCCUUGCUUUGUGACCUCAAAGAACGAGUGCCUAUGGACGGACAUGCUGUCCCACUUCGGCAAUUCCGGCUACCAAUCCCGGCACUACGCCUGCAUCCAGCAGAAGGAGGGCUACUGCAGCUGGUACCGGGGCAUGACCACCCGCGACAAAACCACCAUCAAUGCCACCGACCCCUGAACCCAAUCGCGCUCUGCCUGAAACCUGCCGUCGCCUCCCUGCCUCCGUCCCAUCCCUGAUCACCUCUAGAGUAUUUCAGGACUCUUAAAGCUCACUGGCCUGGGUGACUGCCUCCCUUAAUGGGGCAAGAAAAGAGAAAAGAACAAAUCAAUUACAGUGCCUGUUUCGUAGCACUUCUGAUAGAAAACAUUACCUCUUUUGUUUUACAGAUCACCCCCCACAUUAAAAUCAAGCACUGUCUCUUUAGGGUUCAGUUGUGUUAAAAAGACAACAGACAGUUAAAGAGCCAAUAACAGGUGCAAGUCCUUGAUUAACCUCCAUUGGGAUAUACAGAAUUGAAGAAUUAAUCUCCACGACACUGCAUUGAGGCAGUAUAUCUUUUUCCUAUUGUCCCAUUAAAAAACAAGAACUCUGAAAACUAAGUCAUUUAGUAUCAGUACAUUUGAAAUGUUAAGCUGUUGCUACUAAAUUGCACCUGCGAUACAGCAGAAGACUUUUGCAGAUCUGCAACAGAGACCAGAGCCAAUCGUCAAUCGAGCCUCGUAUUUUGGCUUCAAAACAAUUUUCGAAAAUGGUAAAAUCGCAUUUCACAGUGAAGUUUAUUGAGUCUUUACAGAUGAUAGUGUCUGUUUCCCUGAGUGUUUACGGGGUAACUCAUUUUUUGCAGUUAUAUCCGAAACAACACUUUUUGAUGAACAAAAAAAAAGAAUAAAUGUCUGUCUGUUACAGUGGCAACACAGGGAAGAGCUAAUUUCUUGCAGAGAUGGUGAUAUUUAAAUUUUUUGCUGUAUAUAACAUAAGCUAAAGAAAUGAACUAUCGACUCAGCUGAAAACUCUGUAAUUCAUUUAUUUAAGUUUAAUGGAAUACACCUUAACCAUGUGGUAUAUCUGCAAAAGAAAUAUAUAUAUAUAAUGACAGGCCAAAACUACAUUGUGAUAACAAUCACGGCCCGUGCAAUUGUCCAGAAUGAAGGACCAGCAUCUGCAAGUUAUAUAUUAUGGUACUUUUUUAGUUUUUUUUUUGCUUGAUUAUAGAUCCCCUGACUGGUGGCACUCUUCACCAAUCCAAUGAAAGUACAGUAUACGCAGAGGUUUCAGAAAAUGAUUUAUUUUUUAAGUGUAUAUUCAAUCUUUUUGUAUUUAACUAUUUGAAAUGGACAUCAUUCAUAUUAUAUAUAUAUAUAUAUAUAUAUAUACACACACACACACAUAUAUAUAUAUAUAUGUGUGUGUGUGUGUGUGUGUGUGUGUGUGUGUGUAUAUAUAUAUAUAUUGUAUAGAUGACAGUAACAAUAUUGUCUCUAUAUUUGUUCUUCAACUGUACCCAUCCGGGGUGGGUUCCCUAUAUUUUUUUUUCCUGUGCAGUACCUUCAGUCCAUUCCAAUACCAGACACAGAUUUGCCUCAAAAGGGAAUAACAGCCCUUUCAUCACUCACACACAAAAAAAUGUUGCAUUGCUAUCGCAGGCAACGCCGAGGAUAUGAACUGUGGCUUAGAUCGUUGAUAAAAACUCUCAUGUCUGUAUGGUAAACACAAAGCUACAGCCUGGAGCCAGUCAGCUUAGCUCACAGUCAUAUAAAGACAGGAAACCCACGACCUGGUUCUGUUCAACAGUAUCUGCACCUCUAAAGCUCACCAGUGAUCACACUAUAAUCUCAUUCACUUCAUUCUCACAAAUACCAAAGUGUAAAAAUGACAAGUUGAGAUAUUAGACAGAGUUGUGUGCUAGCUGUGGCCGCUGUUUCCAGUUAAUGCUAAACUAAGCUGACCAGCUGUUGGCUCUAGCUUCACAUCUUACAGACAUAUAUCUGGGUGGUAACAGUCUCCUCAUAUGAGUGAUUACGUGGAUUACUCAAAAUGUCGAACAGUUGACAUUUAAGACAUUACAUUUUUUUCAUAUGCAUUCCAAAAUGACAAAAUGUUCCAUCCACGUUUCUUGUGUAAAACUUACCGUUACAGGAAACUAACACUCUCUGCCAAGUCGGGUCAUAUCAGAGGAGGAAGACAGUGAUUGACUUGUAUUGUACUGGCCUGAUAGGUUCAAAUAAAUGAAUGUAAAAUUAUCUGA